CAGCAGAGCUCGGACUCAUCUCUCCAUCUCUCUCUCUCUCUCUCUAUACCUGCUGUCGGAUAUUUCUGCGCCGCUUUUGACCGUCGUCGGGGCUUGUAUUGUUUCUCAGAUGCUGCUCGGCGAACAGAACCGCAGGAUUUCUGCCUCUUGAGUAUGAGAGGGACCGAAGACACGUCCGAAAACCACAGCCAGAGCCCAAAACAGCAGCAUGAGCCCGGGAGCCGGAGAACUUUAGAGCCGCUCGGAGCCGCAGAUUCCCGACACGCGGGAGAAGCAGAUUCAGGUCUCCACAGAAUGGAGCGAGAAUGAGCAGAGCGCGGUCGAGAGUGAAGCAUGAACUGGAGGCUCAUUGAAGUCACUUACCUUCUGUUUAUAUGGGAGCAUAUAACAGUUCAGUCUUCCCGCCAGGAGCCCUCGGCCAAUGAACAGCAUGUCAGCAAGCAGUUUGAUUGGCUCAUCUCUGACCGAGGCCCUUUCCACCACUCCAAGGGCUACCUCUCCUUCAUGGAGAGAUUUCGACAAGGAUUCACGACCCGGUAUAAAAUAUAUAGGGAGUUUGCCCGCUGGAAGGUGAGGAACACGGCCAUCGAGAGGCGGGAUCUGAUGCGCAAUCCUCUGCCGCUGAUGCCGGAUUUCCAGCGCAGCAUGCGGAUGCUCGGCAGACGGCCGUCCACACAGCAGUUCAUUGACACCAUCAUCAAGAAAUACGGGACGCACAUCCUGAUCUCCGCCACUCUAGGAGGUGAGGAAGCUCUCACCAUGUACAUGGCCAAGAACAAGCUGGACCGGAAGAUGGUGAACGCCAGCCAGGGAGUGGAGGCUCUGCACCAGCUCGCAUCCUCGUACUUCAUCGACCGCGACGGCACCAUGAGAAAACUCCACGAGAUCCAGAUCUCCAGCAACGCCAUCAAGGUGAGCAGACACUGGAGAGAAACAGCAUACUUCUGA